CACUGUUUGAAAUUGUGUCAAAGUUUUCUUUGGCAAAAGAUAACAUAAAAUUUAAAAUUCCAACGAAAUUUUAUAUACAAAACGUAUAGAUUAUUGUUCAGAUCAUCCUAAUUAUUGAUAAUAAUUAAAAAAAGAUUAUAGACAUCAUGGAUCAAGUUCUUCAUAACCGUCAUACAUACCGUCCACUUCGACCUAUGAUGAGAAGACGUGUGUCCCAGCCAAUUGACUACAAUAGUGAUACUCCAGAAGCACGUGCAUACCAACGAAAAAUGAAAUACUGGUUAGAUCUGUUGAAAUCACCGGACCAGUAUGAUGUAGAAUUUAAAGCGACUGGAAGAACACCUAUUUUUUUCGUGACAAUGAGUCACUGCUCCACUCAAAUUUCUGCAGUUCUUGAUAAGACGCCUAACAUCAAUAUUCAAGACAAAAGUGGACAGACUCCUCUUCACGUAGCUGUUGCAAAUAACAAUCUCGAAGCGGUGAGAUUGAUUAUGACUCGUAAACCUGAUCUCUGUAUUCGGAAUGUGUUGGGUGACACUUCUCUUCAUGUAGCAAGUGCAACGAAGAACAUUCGGCCUGAAAUUGUUCAAGAGAUUUUAAGAACAAGAGUGUGUCUUAAUCUCAAGAAUGACGACGGGUUGACGCCAUUGCAUAUAGCUACGAUACAUAACAACAUCGAACUGAUGACUGAUUAUCUAGACCUCGGAGCAAAGACUGACAUUACCGACAAUGAAAAUAGGUGGACUCCACUCCAUCAUGCAACUAUGGUACGCUAUUCCCAUGCAGCAUUACUUCUUCUGAGACGCGGGGCAAAUCCUAACAUCACUGAUAAAUUUGGCCAAUCACCCAUUUUUAAUGCUGUUAUGGGAGGUGAAGUGGAUCUUGUUAGCAAUAUGGUAAAAUAUGGUGCUGAUAUUUAUAUCCCUAAUAAAUUUGGACAAACACCACUUCAUCUGGCUGCCCAAAAUCCUACCUCUGCUGUUCUAAGGUGGUUUUUGGAUCGUAAUUGGAAUAUAAACAUCAAUGUUCAAAAUCGUAAAGGUCAAACACCACUUCACUGUGCUGUAGAAGACAAUAGAAGUGAUAAUAUAGUGACUAUUUUACAAAAGGAGCCUGAUUUAGAUCUCCGAGAUCGUCAAGGCCUUACUGUUUUUGACUUACGUCUUGACGAUGAGUUAAUCAAGCACGUCGUCAAGCUAAAAGUAGCUAAAUUACGGGUUUCUCAACGCACGUUGAACGUGGUUCAUACAGCAGAUAACUCUGGGUUCACCCAAAAAUAUGAACAACAGUGUUAUGAAGAACUAGAGAGAAUGAAAAAAAUUCCAUUCCCAGGUCUAACUGUAAGCUAUUAUCAGUUUACAUUCACGACUCUACAACAUCGAGCAGAGUACAUGAUGAACAAGAAAUUACGCUUGUAUCCUCGUGAUACCACUUCAAUCGUACGGAGAUUUCCUAUUUAUUGGGGUACAAUUGACCGAUGCUUCUUUGAAGCUUAUGAGCGAUGUAGGGAAUUGGAGAAGUUCCAACACGAGAAGGAUAUGCUUUUUCGUGGCAUUCCAGAUCAUUGUGUUAGUAAUAUUCUCACCCAUUUGUCUACUCCAGAUGUAAGAAGAUUACUGAAAGCUUUGAAAGUACCUCUGAGAUAAGACAAUUUUUCAUAUGCAAUUCUGAGAACAAAUAAUCAAAUAAUCUUUCAUUGAAGAAUAUUUUCAUUGCCAGGACUUCCAAUUUUUAUACCAUCUUCAUUUAUGAUAAAUAUACUUGUAUAUAUUGUUUGUAAUAUUUUAUUACACAAUUAGAAAAG